AUGAGCCUGCAGCCCCCGUCCCUGGCCAUGCGCUCCAAGAGCCCGUCGCGCAACAGCGGCUCCACCAAGGCGGUGAUCCUGGUCGGCGGCCCGUCGCGCGGCACGCGGUUCAGGCCUCUGUCCAUGGAGCUGCCCAAGCCACUGUUCCCCGUCGCCGGCCACCCCAUCAUCGAGCACUGCUUCCGCGCCGUCGCCGCGGUGCCUGAGAUCAAGGAGGUCUUCAUCGUCGGCUACUACGAGGAGUCGGUCUUCCAGCCCUUCAUCAACACCGUCUCCAGCACGUGGCCGCAGCUGAGCGUCAAGUACCUGCGCGAGUACCAGGCGCUGGGCACCGCCGGCGGCCUCUACCACUUCCGCGACGUCAUCCUCAAGGGCCGGCCCGAGAAGCUGUUUGUGCUCAACGCCGACAUCUGCUCGUCGUUCCCGCUGCAGGAGAUGCUGCGCCUGUUCGACGACAAGGACGCCGAGGCCGUCAUGCUGGGCACCCGCGUCGCCACCGAGUCGGCCUCGAACUUCGGCUGCAUCGUCUCCGACGCCCACACCAAGCGCGUGCUGCACUACGUCGAGAAGCCCGAGUCGCACAUCUCCAACCUCAUCAACUGCGGCGUCUACCUCUUCUCCACAGAGUGCAUCUUCCCCGCCAUCCGCUCCGCCAUCAAGCGCCGCACCGAGCGCCCGCGCCUGCUGUCCUACCCCUCGUCCGAGAACCUCGACUCGUCCUUCUACCAGGGCGACGACGACGACGAGGACAAGGCCAACCUCGUCAUCCGCCUCGAGCAGGACGUCCUGUCCGACGUUGCCGACUCGCGCCAGUUCUUCGUCCUCGAGACAAAGGACUUCUGGCGCCAGAUCAAGACGGCCGGCUCCGCCGUGCCCGCAAACGCCCUCUACCUGCUCAAGGCCUUCCAGACGGGCUCCGAGGAGCUCGCCGCGCCCUCGGCCAACAUCAUCCCGCCCGUCUACAUCCACCCCUCGGCCCACGUCGACCCGACCGCGAAGCUGGGCCCCAACGUGUCCAUUGGCCCGCGCGUCAGCAUCGGCGCUGGCGUCCGCGUCAAGGAAGCCAUCGUGCUCGAGGACAGCGAGAUCAAGCACGACGCGUGCGUCAUGUACAGCAUCAUCGGGUGGCACAGCAAGGUCGGCGCGUGGGCGCGCGUCGAGGGCACCGCCCUCCCCGUCACCUCGCACUCGACCAGCAUCGUCCGCAACGGCGUCAAGGUCCAGAGCAUCACCAUCCUCGGCAAGGACUGCGCUGUCGGCGACGAGGUAAGGGUUCAGAACUGCGUUUGUCUGCCCUACAAGGAGCUCAAGCGCGAUGUCUCAAACGAGGUCAUCAUGUAA